CCUUUGUCACGUGCUUGGGCCUCAUGUCGUCCAUGGCCCUCCUGGACCAGAAGCCAUGGCCUCGGCGCCGCGUGUGUCUGUGGCUCGCCGCCACGGCGGCCGCGGCCGCGGCCGGGGCCGUGGUGAUGACCUUCCACGCGCCGCUGGGCGCGCCGGCGGCGCUGGCUGCAGCGCCCAGCGUCCUUUUGCCCUGCGGCGGUUGCAUCACCGGCGCAUGGGAGGAAGGCCUCGCGGCCUUCCGCGGCCUCCGCUACGGCGAGGCCCCGCUGGCGCGGCGGCGCUGGAAGCCCGCGGCGCCGGCACAGUGCGGCGCGGAGGUGCUGGCGACCCACGACGGGCCCAGGUGUCGACAGGGAGGUGCCAGCGAUAGCGAGGACUGCUUGAACCUCAACGUCUUUGCACCGCCAUCUUACUUGGGGAAUUCGUCAAGCAGAUUGCCAGUGAUCGUAUGGAUCUAUGGUGGUAUGAACACCGUGGGGUCUGCCACCUCCUACGGUCACAUCGAAAACCUGGUGCGCAAGCGUGACUGCAUUUUGGUGGCUAUGAACUAUCGCCUGGGAAUCUUCGGCUACCUUGCCCUGAAGGAGUUGUCCGCGGUGGACCCGAGGGGUUCCAGCGGCAACCUGGGCAUCACGGAUCAGCAGUUGGCCCUGCAAUGGGUCCAGGCGGGGAGAUCUGCUAGGCAGAACAUUCGCGCUUUCGGCGGCGACCCGGACCGCGUCACCAUCCUGGGGCAGAGCUCCGGAGGCACCAACGUCUUUGCGCUGCUGGCCUCCAAUGCCAGCCGCGGCCUCUUUCACAGGGCCAUUGCCCUGUCGGGGUCGCCGAACAUCACCAUGGAUCGGCGCACGAAGGAAGACCAGGAUCGACGGCUCAUUCUUCCCAAAACCCCCUGCACCUCGCUGGAGGGCGCGGAGCUCUUAGAAUGCCUCUACGAGUUGGACGCAGAGGUUCUGGACAAAGCCUUGCCAGAGUCGUACCAGGUCUUUGAUUCGCUCUAUGACUACCCGACGAAUCGGGUGGGCCUGAGCUCGAGGGUGAGCACUCUGGUGCACGUGGACGGGCACACCGUCACCUUCGCCCUGGAGGAUGCCUUGCAGGAGGGCCUGGUGGACGUACCGAUCCUCUUCCAGUCCAUGGCCCAAGAGUUAGGCUGCGCCCCGGCGCCGCAGCUGGCCGACAUCUCCCGGCAGAACUUCAGUCACUUCCUGCGGGACUCCUUCGCUGUGUAUGGGGAGGGAGUCGCCGAAGAGAUCGACGCCCUGUACCAGCACUACGAGCCUCCGGAAAAAGGCGGCUACGCCAUUGAUGCGGAUACCGGCGCCGCUUGCGGCCUAAGACGCUUGACGCAGGCUGCUGCCAAGGGAUUCAAGUCCCCAGUGUACUGGAGCACAGUGACGGCCGGUCCAUCUCGCCCCAUGCCCGGCCAGCGCUUCGCUUUCCACAACUGGGACCUCACCGCUGCCGCAGAGAUCUUCGACGACUACGAGCCCUCGAACGAGGACUUGUCGCUGGGCCGGCGCUUGCGGGCGGACUGGUUUGAGCUGGCGAUUUUCGGGACGCUUCGGGAAGCGGAGGGCUGGAAGAAGGUUCAGGACUCGGCACCGGGGCAGGUCAUCGGCUCGGAGGUGGGUGAGCUCAGCAAUCGGUGGAAUGCAGAUCACAAGGCGACAGAGUGUGCCUUUUGGACAUCCAUCGGUGUCGAUCAGCGCUGGUGGUGGAUCAACUGAAGAGAUCGAGGCCCAGGUUCGUCGGCCAGGGCCGUUGGAGAGCCGAGAAGCAUGUCGCUCGCUCUAGCUCUUUGCUGUGCACCUUUCGAGUGCCACCUUGAGCUUCUGUUUUUUUUAUGCCACUUAGGUGGGUGGCCAUUCAUGCGCUGCAUCAGUUCGGUGCUUUUUGUGCUUUGCCCAUAAGCGUUAAUACAGAUUCGCGAGCUGAGCGGCUUAGAAUUCAGAACGACUCUUUCGUUGGUG